AUGUCCGAGAAAGAUGAUUUCGCUCAGUUGUUUCAGAAAUCGUUUCAUCUUUUCAUUUCUUACUUUUCACAUUCACCAAACGUCCAGAGAUACAGAAUUGAAAGUCCGAACGGGAGAGUCUUUCAAAAGAGCGGGUCGAGUAGCAAGAAACGGUCUCACAUCAGAGGCACCAGAAUCAGACAUUGCACAUGCAGCUUCGAGGGAGGAACGGAGAGUGAAUUUCGAGUUUAUAACGUAGUCCUAAGAUUUCCAAAGACACCGAAAGAAAGCCAGUUGUCAUUCAAGAGCAAGUUGAAUCCAUCCAACAGUAAGGACGAAGAUCAAGAUCAUUCAGAAGGAAGAUCCUACCAUCUCCCUGACGAAGAAAGACCAAGGGGAGAUGACAAGAAACAAAAUUGGAGACCAAAGUUUAUUCGUCUACUCGCAGGUGUCCAAAAUACUUCUGCUCUUAUCUUCUCGGUGUUUCUAGGGGUUCAUCUUACCGUACCUAUCAUCACUGCUUUAGGUGGGAAAGAAUUGGGUAAUAAAGUUUUAAAUCAAUCAACCUUAUGGAAUUGGAUGAUCCUCAAUAGGUUAGAAUUGAGGUUGAGAAUGAUAAAUUGA